CUGCCUUAUCAGAUAAUCUUGGCAUCUUAUCAGAGAAUCCACCCGGAGGAAAUUUCUACAAACUCCCAACUUUCGCAGCAUAGUUAUCUUGCAGCACUCUUUUUCUGCCAUCAUGGAAGAGAUAUGCGCUGAAGACUCCUUUGGACCUGCUUCACCAUGCAGGCACAUGGAUCUUACGCUGGGCUUCCAGUUCAGAUUCAUGUCGAUCCUUCCUGCAGCAAUAUUCAUCUUCUGUGGUACAUUUCAUGCUGUCAGCCUCGUGCGAUCUCCUCAAGUUACUCGCCGCACAAUCGACCUCCUCUCGGCAGUGAAACUUGUUCUAGGCGCCAUCCUGGUGGCAGUCCUCGCAGCGACUCUUGCGUAUGUGCCACGAGAUGGCUGGGGAAAAUGGGCUACAGUUGGAUACGCGCUUGAACUCGUUGCGGCGGUGAGUGUGCAGAGCCCGGAAGAAUCUAAUCAACUUAUGUCAGCACAGAUUUGCCUGUCGGUUGUUUCCUACCUUCAUCACACUCGCUGCUUCGCUCCUAGCACUCUCAUUGGACUAUAUCUCUUUCUCUCUGUGCUCUUUGCCGCAACCCAGUUGCGAACGUAUGUUACCGCCGGAGUCCUUCAUGCAAAAUUCUUUGCGCUAUUUGUCGUGUCAUUUGUCGCGCGGACGUGUUACCUCGUCGUUGAGCUUGCUCAGAAGCGAAGAUUCCUGCGGGAAGCCAAUAAACCCACGGCCCUAGAAACAACCUCCUCGAUACUGUCAAGGCUCUUUUUCGUGUAUCUCUUUCCACUUCUCAUUGGAGGAUUCAAAAGAGCCUUCGACCUCGAUGACUUGGUCGCCUUCGGUCUUCCACCCAUCCUGUCUGGUGUACCGGCAAAUGCAGCACUGACCAAGGCCCUUUCCCGCUCAAAAGGCGCCGCUCGUACUCCGAUAUUCAUUCCUUCCAUGAGAGCGUUCCUUUCCCAAUUCCUCGCGCCAGUAGUGCCCAAAUGCAUUCUGAUAGCCACAACAUUUACGCAGCCAUUCCUUGUAGAGUCGAUGCUCGCUUUUGUAGACUCGUACACCAAUUCGAAUGGUGCGCGCGACGACCCGGCUCAUGGCUGGGGCUUAGUUGGUGCAUAUGCCAUCGUAUACCUUGCCAUAGCAUCAUCCACUGCCGUUUACUGGGAUAAGGUGUACACAAUGGUCGUCCGAUAUCGCGCAGCUUUAGUCGGCGUCAUAUUUGACAAGUCAAUGCGACUUUCGGCCUCGGUAGCAGAAAGUGAGGGUCGUGGUACUGCGGUAACCUACAUGUCCGUCGAUGUCGAGCGUGUAUGCGAAGGAAUUGCGUUCUUCCACGAACUAUGGAGUGCGUUUAUUUCAAUAGCAGUGGCAGCUGUUAUUUUAUGGUUCAAGGCUUCUUUUGCGAUGAUUCCACCCAUCGUGAUUAUGGUCGGAUUCUUCGUCAUCACAAGCCAUAUCGGAAACCACGUCGCUAAAGCUCAAAAACGUUGGAUGGGAAGCACUCAGGAUAGGCUAAAGGUUCUGACAUCAGUCAUGUCGCAAAUUAUUCCAGUAAAACUUCUUGCCGUCGAACCAACGAUGCCAAAGUGGAUUGAACCUGUCAGAAUCAGAGAAAUAGGCUUUCUCAAGACAUUUUAUGCACGCCUUGUCAUCGUAGGCGUCUUAUCAUCUGCGACGAUCAAUUUCGCCGGCAUCGCCGCUUUAGGGACCUUCGUUGGAAUAAAGUCGGAGGAUCUUUAUCCAGAAACCCUAUUCACUAUAUUGACUGUGGUUAAUCUUGUUACUUUGCCAAUCAGCACUGUUGGUAACUGCUUCCCGCUUUUACUCGCAUCAUUUGCCAGCAUGAAACGAAUAGCCGUAUUUUUGUCACUCCCUGAAAAGACUAGUCUCACCGAGCAAGACAUCUUGUCAGAAUCAAACUUCACAGAUGAUGAAAAAAGCGACCUCAAACGUCAGAGUGAUAUUUCUCUCAACGCCUACGGUGCUUCCCGAAUGAUGCUGUCGCACGCAACGAUUGCUGCAGGAAAGGAUGGAAAGGCCUUGAUAUCAGACUGCAAUAUAUCAUUCGAUAUCAACAGCUUGAGCAUGGUCGUAGGACCUGUCGGUGCCGGAAAAUCGAUUCUCCUCAAAACUCUUCUUGGAGAGACAUAUUUCAUAGAAGGCGCAGGCUCCAGCGUUCUACCCCAAGGCCGGAUAGCAUAUGCACCUCAAGAGGCAUUUGUAUGGCCCACGACUGUGCGUUCGAACAUUGUUCUGGACAACGAAUUCAAUCCACAGUGGUAUGAGACGGUGGUGGAUGCUUGCGCGCUACGCCCUGAUUUGGCGCGUAUGGCUAAUGGUGAUAUGACCGAGAUAUCUCCUGGUUCCAUUAGCGGUGGACAAAAGCAGCGCGUAUCCUUAGCAAGAGCUGUGUACGCCAAAUGUGAUAUCACUCUUCUCGAUGAUUGUUUCUCGGCUCUGGAUUCCCACACAGCGGUUUCUGUAUUCACACGGCUGCUCGGUGAAGAUGGCUUGUUGCGGGGAAAGGGGAAGACAGUCGUGCUCGUCACGCACAAUCUGCAACACCUCGCAUCGGCCGACCAUAUAGUCAUUCUUGACUCUGGUGCGCUCGUGGCGGAGGGCAGACUUUCCGAACUACAUGACAGAGACCUUGAUGUUGCUCAAUACAUCGGACAGCAAAAGGUCGAAGACGAGGAGGCGGAAGUCAAGGAAGAAGCAAAGGCUAGCAAUGUACCCACUAAAGAGCAAGAGGUCAAAAAGCCAAGCCAAACAGCCGAAAGAAAGGUUGAUGAAGAAGAGAAGGGUGUUCGUGGUUCAACAUCCUGGGGGACAUAUGGAUUCUACAUGAAAGCAUGCGGCUGGAAUAGGCUAGCACUCUGCUUGACGUGUCUUAUAAUCUACACAGCGAUGCAGAUUGGCUUGCAGAUCCUACUCAAAGAGUGGUCCGAGAGUAAUACCACUUCGCACGGGCCCUGGCUUGGAGGCUAUGCCGCGUUUGCCGUAACUUGCUUCUUGACAUCAUUCAUGACCAUGUGGAUGUACACUCAAGUUACGGUGCCCCGCGCCUCCUUGAUCAUUCACGCUCAGCAAUUGUCAGCCGUGCUCGCUGCUCCAGUCACAUACUUCCAACGCACACCUUUGGCGAAGUUGCAGAACCGAUGGUCAAGUGAUAUGUUCAUAGCCGACUUCGCCUUUCCAAGGGCUCUACAGGACUUUACUUUCACCGCCGUUUACGUUGUGGGAGCUGUGAUCCUCAUUCUUAUUGCUGUACCUUGGCUCGCGAUAUCUGUCCCACUCUUAGGUGUUAUCUAUUGGGGUCUGCAGAAAGUAUAUCUGGCUACCUCAAGACAACUACAACGCUUGACGUUAAGCUCCAAAACGCCGCUGUACACCGCGUUUACCGUAACCUUGUCUGGCCUGAUAACGAUUCGGGCGUUCCGUUCGGAGAAGCUCUUCAAGGACAUGAGCAUAUACCAUCUCGAUCGUUCACAGGUUCCAAUGUAUUACCGUUACGCAGGAAUCCGAUUUUUACGCACUUCGUUGAACCUGCUCACGGCUUGUGUAGCCAUUGCCAUUGCGGGUCUUGCGGUUGGGUUGCGCGGCUCUACAUCCGGAGGUUACCUGGGUGUUGCGCUCUCCCAGCUAGUCAGCCUUGCGCAAAGUCUAAUCAACUUACUAUUGGCUUAUACCCGCGUUGAGAAUGGAAUCGUCUCAGUAGAACGGCUCUUCGAGUUGGACGGCCUUCAACCUGAAUCGUUCUCAGACGAAAGAAGACAGCCGCCUGGCUCUAAAUGGCCCGUUUUCGGUUCCAUCGAAUUCCGUGAUGUGGGUCUACGAUACGGAGAAAACCUGGAUCCUGUUCUUCAUAACAUUAGCUUUACAGUUCAGGGUGGCGAAAAGCUAGGUAUUUGUGGACGCACAGGGAGUGGUAAAAGCAGCACUGUUUUCGCUCUGCUCCAAGGGCUUGGCACUACGGGACUUUGCACCGGCCAGAUCUUCAUAGAUGGUAUUGACCUAGCGACCGUACCUAUUGAGAUGUUACGGUCGGCCAUCAGCACCGUCUCACAAGAUCCUUUCUUAUUGUAUGCAAAGAUGCGAGACAAUUUGACUCUUGGAUGUUCUAUGGAAGUGGAAGAUGAACAGAUAUGGGAAACCCUUGAGCUAGUCGGCAUGCGCAAGCUAGUCGAAGGUCUCGAAGGUCAACUCGAUGCUAUGGUCUCGGCUGAUGGGCUUCAAUUUUCCGCCGGAGAGCGUCAACUCCUCUGCAUAGCACGGGUUCUCUUGCAAAAGCGCAAAAUCGUGGUCUUUGAUGAGGCAUCUUCGAGUAUGGAUACUUCUACUGACCAGCGGCUGCUAUCUGUGUUACACAAUAGUUUGCGGGAAGCUACAGUCAUUUCCGUUGCCCAUCGCAUCUCUACUAUUGUCGAUUAUGAUAAAGUGAUGGUCCUUGAUAACGGCCGUGUCGUAGAGAUGGGGUCACCAAAAGAUUUACUGCAACGUCCUGAUUCACAUUUCUACGCGCUUCACAAAAACCAGGUUCUGUGAGAGACUGUACCCAAAGGUGGCGACAUGGAGACGUCGUUGCAUAAUAGACUACGAUUCUUAGAACAUACGAUUGGUGCGAGUUAAAUAGAUGAUUGAUGUUGGAGUUAACGAGGUAGGUGCACGGACAUGGUGAACGAGAAAGAUUUCAGAAGAGAACGGGCGCUAGAAUAGGACAUCGUAACGUUAAUCUCGGCAUUGUGGUUAAAAGCUAAGAUGUGCAGAAUGGUGCAUCAUACCCAAAAAGGAAAGAAAAUCAAAUAGGUAAGUGAAUGUGUUCGUAUUGUAAUAAUUCUACAUCUAACACUCCCCCUCGAAACAUAUAUGGUUCGCUUACAUGAC